GUGCUGCAGCCGCUGUCCGGACACCAUAAGGUUGACUGUUUAAGCGCCGCCGGGUCCCGUAGACGAUCAUCCCGCAGAAUGGAGGAUCAAGAACUAAAAGAACCAGAGCAGGUCCGCAAACUGUUCAUCGGUGGAUUGAGUUUUGAAACGAAUGAAGAGAGUUUAAGGGAGCAUUUUGAGCAAUGGGGACAGUUAACAGAUUGUGUGGUGAUGAGAGAACCACAAGCAAAGCGUUCAAGGGGAUUUGGGUUUGUGACUUACUCCAAUGUAUUGGAAGUGGAUGCUGCCAUGGCUGCUCGACCACACAAGGUCGAUGGCCGUGUUGUAGAACCAAAAAGAGCAGUGUCAAGAGAGGAGUCUACAAAACCUGGUGCUCAUUUAACAGUGAAGAAAAUAUUUGUUGGUGGCAUCAAAGAAGAUACUGAAGAAUACCAUCUAAGAGAUUACUUUGAAAAGUAUGGCAAAAUUGAAAAUAUUGAAGUUAUGACAGAUCGUGGAAGUGGGAAAAAACGAGGGUUUGCGUUUGUCACAUUUGAUGAUCACGACUCAGUUGACAAAAUUGUUGUCCAGAAGUACCAUACUAUAAAUGGCCAUAACUGCGAAGUGAGGAAAGCACUUUCACGACAAGAGAUGCAGGGACUGGGCUCUGGUCAAAGAGGACGCAGUUCUAGUGGUGGCAGCAGCCCUGGUAAUUUCAUGAACCGUGCAGGAAGUUUUGGCAGUGGAAAUGGAGGAGGAAAUUAUAAUCGAGGUGGAAAUUUCAGUGGCAGAGGGGUAGGAAACUAUGGAGAUGGCAGGGAUGAUUAUGGAAGUGGUGGCGGUGGAUAUAAUGGAUUUGGUGAUGGUGGCAAUUUUGGAGAUGGCCAUGGUUACUGUGGUAGAGGAGGAGGAGGAGGAUAUGGCGGUGGUGGCCCAGGUUUUGGUGACCAAGGAGGUGGUGGUGGUGGAGGAGGAUAUGGUGGUGGUGGUGGCUACGACAACUACAAUGAAAGUGGAAACUUUGGUGGAGGUAAUUUUGGUGGUGGUGGAGGUGGGAACUACAAUGACUUUGGAAACUAUUCUAACCAAUCCGCAAAUUACGGACCCAUGAGGAAUAGCAAUUAUGGGCGUAAUUCUGCUCCCUAUGGUGGUGGUUAUACCUCUGGUGGUGGAAGUGGUGGAAGUGGUGGCUAUGGUAGGAGAUACUGAACACAUUUUACCGAAAGGCAACAUUUCUUAGCAGGAGAGGAUGAGCCAGGAGUUGUCAGGAAAGCUGCAGGUUACUUUGAGACAGAAUAUCGACCAAGUUCAUUGUAAAGGCUGCCCACAGGAAGAGCGAUGGUCCGGUAGUCAGAGAAGUCACUGCAGCAUUAACAUUUCUUGUUCAGGACUGUUUCCUGUAGAAAGAUUGCAAAAAGUGCAGUUGUUUGUUGCAAUAUAGUUGCUGUUGGAUGUAAAUUCUGAGGUUUUUUUAAACUGUGUUCUAGCAAUGUCUUUAUUUUCCUCAUUACUAUAGCUGUUGAGCCAUGUAUUUUGUGGUGGCCAAAUUGGGAAUAAAAAGGAUAAGAAUUUUUUAACUAAA